AUGCCUGUGAACUGUACAGUCAAGUGCCCAGCUGAGGUCAAGCUCACUGUUUCAUUUGAAGAAUCCGACACGGUUCUAUCGCUAAAGGAAAAGAUCGAAAAGCAACUUGCAGAAACACCCACUCCAACACCCGCUGCUCAACAAAGGUUGAUAUACAGUGGUCGCAUUUUGAAGGACGAUGACCUUUUGUCAAUCUACAAGAUUCAAGAAGGAAACACUCUUCAUAUGGUGAAAGGAGCAGCACCUAAAGCAGCAUCAUCUUCUACGUCAACCCCUUCAGCUACCGCAACUCCCGCUGCUCAAUCAACAACUCAGAACAGGGAUGCCGCUGCUGCUGCUCCAGGCCUAAAUACAACACCACUUCCAAACCCAUUCAUGGCCAAUCCAUUCGCAGCAUUACAAGGUGGUGCUGGUGCUGGAGGCUUCCCUCCAAUGGGCGGCAUGCCACCAAUGGGUAUGGGAGGUGCCGGAGCGAUGGAUCCCAACUUGAUGGCAAAUCUACUACAAAACCCACAAGUAUCACAACAAGUUUCUCAAAUGAUGCAAAACCCAGCAUUCAUGGACGCCAUGAUCGCUUCAAACCCUCAAUUAGCAGGCAUGAUGACACCAGAAAUGAGAGCUAUGAUGUCGUCACCUGAUUUCGCACGAAUGAUGUCUGAUCCUAAUGUUGUUCGACAAGCUAUGGCUAUGGCACCAAUGAUGCAACAAAUGGGAGGAAUGGGUGGUAUGGGUGGAACGCCUAAUAUGGGAGCGAUGGGAGCAGGGGCACAGAAUCCUUUUGCCAUGCUCGGUGGUAUGGGAGCCGGUGGCAUGGGAGCUCCAGGUGCCCGAGACGCAACAGGAACAUCCCCAACAGCUGGAGCUCCAGGUGGAAUGCCACCUAUGAAUCCAGCGUUGUUACAAAUGUUGAUGGGUGGUGGAGGAAUGCCUUUUGGUGCUCCUGCUACUAUACCUGGUCAGCCGCAAAGGCCCCCAGAAGAAUUAUAUGAAGUGCAGCUAAGGCAACUUGUUGAAAUGGGAUUUUACUCGCCACCUGAAAACAUUCGAGCAUUGCAAAUGACUGGAGGCAAUGUGGACGCAGCUGUAGAAUGGCUCUUAUCUCAUCCUGCUGGACGAUAG